GACAUUUCGGUUCUAGAUGUCCUUCACUGUUUUUGUAAUUUUUCAAAAUACAAAUAUUAUCAUCAGCUGUUUAUUAUUAGUGAGAAUAUUUUCCUUUUAUUAGUGAUUAAUGGGUUUUAUAACCAUGUACCAUUUACGAUGGGAGCGAUUGCAUCUGUAUUGCAAUGGCAUUGUACAUUUUGCAGUUUGAUCAAUCCCACAGAACAAUUAAAAUGUAUCAGAUGUGGCUCAAGAAGAGUUUAUUCCAGUGAAAAGGACCCAUUCAAUGGGGCAAAUACCUCCAAAGAUCUACAAAAAUGUACUGUUAUUAAAAGACUCAGGUCUUCAAUCAGGAAAGAAGUGAACAGGUCGACAACUGGUCGGAUAAAGAGGCUUCCCGGAUCCCCAACCAAAAACCGAUUUACCGGAGAUCAUUCUCCGAACUGCCCACAGCUCAAAACUUGCACGUACCCAACAUAAACCGCCGAUCUCUGGAGGGUAGCCCUUCGCUCUCCAGAGGCCCCAAAUCCAGCACCUCGAUGACUGAUAUCCAGUCCUCGCAAUAUACCCAGCUGUUCGAAAAUUUCAACGUUUCCGGAGUGAAGCCCAGAACAUUGUAUACGUAUAUCGGUAUUUCGGAACCGGACAAGGAGAAGCACUUUUACGAAAAUCAGAGCGUGAUAAAUGCUCAGAAAAAGAACAUGGAGUUUGAUCAGGAUGAACAUAAUAAAAUAAUGCAAAUUAUGAAACAGAAUAACACUUCGAAAUUGAGUUGGACACCGAAUGAAAGACGUUGGACAUGCCGGCAAUGUUCUUUCGCAUAUAACGGCUUCAGCGUGGACAGAUGUGAUAUAUGCAAAAGUUGGCGAUCACCACCAUCUUUGAAUCAGCCGUGUACUGUCACUGUCACUGAAGAUAGGAGUCUCAAUGGCUCCUCUCCAAUGGCCAUCAAUUAUUGGAGUGACAUAAAACUACAGGUUCCUAUAGCCACACUGGAACAGGAUCUAGAUGACGAUUUCCAACUUUUACCAGCCGAUAACAGGGACGACCGUCAAUGGACGUGCAAGAAGUGCACCCUGGUGAACAGCGACCGCAGCCUCAUCUGCGAAGCCUGCUACGGCUCGAAGCUGCGCUCCGUCACCUCCCACCACGACAUGACCCUCAAGAAGGGUGAGUUCUGGGCGUGCCACCAGUGCACGCUGAAGAACUCGCUGACCGCAUUGGCCUGCAAGGCGUGCAAGUCGGAGAGGGGCGGGGCCGGGUUGGGUGGAGCUACGGAGAGGGGCGUGGUCGGGUUGGGUGGAGCUACGGAAAGGGGCGUGGUCAGGUUGGGAGGGGCGAGCAGGAGUCCCUCCCCCCGGCACGGGAAGGUGAAGCGAGAGAGCAAGGGGGCGGCGAAGGGGCAGGACGUUCAGGGGGUGGGGGUGGCUGUGGCUGCGCCGAAUGCGGAGAGGGGGAAGAUCAACCUGCAUACGGAUCUGGAUAAAGAUUCAAUCACCACAGGGCCUUACCAACCUUGGCAGUGUUUGGUGUGCACGUUCGAAAAUACCAAAUCCCAAAUUAUCUGUGAUAUGUGUCAAAGAAUGCGAGAAGACGUCAAUUCUUUGCACCCGAAAGAUCCACCUCGACUGACUCAACACGAAAUGAGUAACAAACACUGGAAUUAUAUUGUAAAAUACUGUAAAUUGAAAAAGCAGAGCUAUCUAGACGAAGAUUUUCCACCGAUGCCGAGCAGCCUUUAUUACAAUCCGUCGGAAAUGAAGGAUUGUCACGUGGUCAAGUGGAAGAGGCUGCGCGAUAUCGUGGUUGAGGAGGAUAAAGACUUGGUCUGGGCUGUGUUCAGAAAACCGCAGCCCUCUGAUAUUUCACAAGGUUCGAUACGCGUUUUGGGGAACUGCUGGCUACUCAGUGCUUUGGCCGUAUUAGCCGAGCGAGAAGAUUUGGUCAGGGCGGUGCUGAUAACCGGGGAUUAUUGCCCGCAAGGAGUGUAUCAAGUGAGGUUAUGCAAAGACGGACACUGGACGACUGUUCUUGUGGACGAUUACUUCCCGUGCGACAAAAGAGGCCACUUAUUUUACUCCCAGGCGAAACGGAAACAGCUGUGGGUGCCGCUGAUCGAGAAGGCCGUGGCGAAGAUCCACGGCUGCUACGAGGCGCUGGUGUCGGGCCGCGCCAUCGAAGGCCUGGCCACGCUGACGGGGGCGCCGUGCGAGAGCAUCCCGCUGCAGCCGUCGUCGGCACCGGCGCCUGCCGAGGAGGAGCUCGACGUCGACCUCAUCUGGGCUCAGCUAUUAUCAUCUCGCCAAGCCAUGUUUCUGAUGGGAGCUUCAUGUGGUGGUGGCAACAUGAAAGUAGAUGAGAAUGAGUACCAUUGUAAAGGAUUGAGACCAAGACACGCUUAUUCCCUCUUAGAUGUACGGGAUGUUAAUGGCCAUAGAUUACUCAAACUCAGGAAUCCUUGGGGGCAUUUCGUGUGGAAGGGCGAUUGGUCGGACGAUUCGCCCCUCUGGCCGAUCGAGCUGCGCCAAGACCUACUGCCAGGCGGAUCGCAGGACGGCACUUUCUGGAUAUCGUUCCCGGACGUGCUCAAAUACUUCGACUGCAUAGACAUUUGCAAGGCGAGGAGCGGCUGGUGCGAAGUCCGGCUGACCGGAAUACUGCCACCAUUAGCUAGUCAACAGCAUUUAUCCUGUAUAUAUCUCACUAUUUUAGAGCCGACGGAGGUCGAUUUUACUUUAUUUCAGGAGGGCCAAAGAAAAUCCGAAAAAUCACAGAGGUCCCAACUGGACCUGUGCGUGGUACUGUUCAAAGCUAGGACCGGCACGACCAUAGGCAAUCUGGUCGAGCACAGUAAAAGGCAAGUCAGAGGCUUCGUCGGGUGCAAUAAGAUGCUGGAAGCCGGCGAAUAUGUGGUAGCGCCUUUAGCCUUCAAUCACUGGCAUACGGGAUUAGAUGAUGUGACCGCCUAUCCCAGGUAUGUGCUGGCGAUACAUAGUUCAAAGAAAUUGGUCGCCGAGAACAUCAACCCUCCCAGCCAUAUUCUGGCAGAUGCAAUAAUUUCCCUCACUCUGGCGCGGGGCCAGCGACACGAAGGAAGGGAGGGCAUGACUGCUUACUACCUCACCAAAGGCUGGGCGGGUCUGGUCGUGAUGGUGGAGAACCGGCACGAGAACAAGUGGAUCCACGUGAAGUGCGACUGCCAGGAGAGCUACAACGUCGUUUCGACUAGGGGCACUUUGCGCACUGUCGACUCCGUGCCUCCGAUGACGCGUCAGGUGAUCAUAGUACUAACGCAGCUCGAGGGCAGCGGCGGCUUCUCGAUAGCCCAUCGGCUGACCCACCGGCUGGCCAACGGCGAGGGGCUGCACGACUGGGACCCGAUGGGCUGCAGCCACAACCCCGAGCUCGACCACCAGACGGAGGGGCUGCACUCGCCAAGGCUGUUCUGAGGGGCUGGUAAGGGGGUGAAGCGAUAGGUCGGUGGAGGUGGAUGAUGGUGCGUAGGGAGGUUGGCUCGAUGGGAAUACGCUGGGUGAAGGGAGGUGGUUUUAGAGAGGAUUUCAUGUUCAGUUCAUAGUCAUUUUUGUAUAAAAUCUCUGGUAGAAGUAGGGCCUACACUAUCUCACCGGCCGGAGCAUCGCUUUCAUGACGUCACCUAGUAGGGACAAAAUCGAGGCGCUGGAGAUUGCUUUCUCCAAUUCAUUGAUGUCCCACGGGGAAACGGUAACAGUUAUCGAAAAAUGUCAAUAGGUCAAAUAUGUACAGACUAGACUUCUUCGAGAGAUGAUUCAAUAUUCACUGGUUUACGAUUAAUAGUUCAAGAAAUAUAGCAUAUCAAAAUGAAUUGACUACAUUCCUAAUUGUCGUUUUUUAAGCAGCUGCUAGAAUUUCAAUAUUCAAUUCACAGAAAUGAUUCCACCAUGCAAAUGCUUCUCAUAGUAUCUAGAUUGACUGUAAUUUUCUUCAAAAUUCCCAAAUUCAAUAACAAACCGAUAUUUCGAUUCCAGUAUAAUGGUGAUUCAGAUGAUUAUUACAGACUAGUUCAAAAAGUUUAGACGGCCCCCAUGCUAAACCUAUUAGUUAUGGAUAUAUGCUGUCACUGACUUAGUACAUUUCAUUGCCUAUAAAUCAAUAUGAUACACUUUCACUGUAUCUCAGAGGAUUUUAGCAGCGUUUAUGUCUAAAGAUAAUCUGGACACACUUUGAUGACGUUAGAAAUUAUAUACCUACCCGAGUAGAAGUUGUUACGCAAAACCCUGACAGCGAAUUAAUUAUUUUCAGCUAUGAAUUAUAUAUUUUAGAAAUAAUCUCAUAUUAAUGAAGAUAAAUUGAUUUGAAAACAGUUUCAAAAUAUG